AACCAGAUGCUCCACAUCAGUGUUGAUCAGACCGACACAGACCUCUCAUCAUGUUGAAGCUGGUGGUGUUGUCUUGCUUGCUGGCCGUCAGCGCGGCGCAGCUCUACCCUCUAGGGUACCCAGGAUACCUAGGCUACCCUGGGUACCUGGGGCUCCACGACGGGAACUACCGAGGCCCGCUCUCGCUCGCCCCGGGACAACCCGCUAACGUGCUGGGAGCGGACGGCAGGCCCCUGGAUACGUUGGACGUGAACCUGGACAAGUCUGCGCACAUCACUGCGAAGGCGCUGGAAGGUGUGCACUUCUUGAAGAAGCGGUCGGUGGGUCUGGUGGCCCCGGUCGCCCGGUACUCCCUCCCCGCCGCGCCCCUCGCCUACCCCGCCGCGUCCCUCGCCUACACCGCUCCGCUGGCUCACUACGGACACAUUGCCGCUCCUCUCACCACUGCAUACGCCACCCCUUACAUCCACUACUGAGGACUUAGUGAUUUGGGAGUCGCAGCCACUGUAAAUACCUAUAAACAGAUGUAAUAUAUUUCAUGUGAUUUUAAAUAUAGAAUUGGAACUGAUGAACCA